CACAACGCCUGUUCGCAACGGACGAUAACGGACUAGCAAGGGAAAAACAGGCAAAACGUCGAUACGAUGUUGCAGCCCCCCUUUACGGCAACUGUGUUCCAGCUCCGCUAAGCCUGCUGCUCACUGGAAAAUAUUGUUGUUCCCGAAGACGUUUUGCGACUGAUUCGCGAAGCUAGUUCAAAAUGGGUAACGAAAGUUCGCUGCCUAUGGAACUCUGUUCGAACUUCGAUGUAGAUGAAAUCAGAAGAUUGGGAAAAAGAUUUCGGAAGCUAGACUUGGAUAAUAGUGGGGCCCUCAGCAUCGAUGAGUUUAUGUCCCUGCCUGAGCUGCAACAGAACCCAUUGGUACAGCGUGUUAUCGACAUAUUUGACGCUGAUGGCAAUGGAGAGGUAGAUUUCAAGGAGUUUAUUCAUGGGGUAUCUCAAUUCAGCGUUAAGGGUGAUAAGGAAAGCAAAUUACGAUUUGCAUUUAGAAUUUAUGAUAUGGAUAACGACGGUUAUAUAAGCAAUGGAGAGCUUUAUCAAGUGCUAAAAAUGAUGGUAGGCAAUAACUUGAAGGAUACACAAUUGCAGCAAAUUGUCGAUAAAACAAUACUGUUUGCUGAUAAAGACGAGGAUGGCAGGAUUAGUUUUGAAGAAUUUUGUUCUGUUGUUGGCAAUACAGAUAUUCAUAAGAAAAUGGUAGUUGACGUUUAAGUGAUCAAAGUUUGUGAAAAACUCUUAAUUUACAAAACGUGGUAUGUUAUAAUUGAAAUCUAUAAAUUAAUAAUCUAUUAACAACAGAUUUAUGGGAUAGUUCUAACAGAAAUCCGUUUAGAGUGAACUCACGAUUAUUGUUCUUAAGCCUUUGAUCAUUACAAGUCUAUCCAAAUGGAAAAUUUUCAUGAUACGCCAGACUAGUAACAGCGUGAUACGCGAACGUUAGAUCAACGUGAUACUGUCAUUCUGAUGUCAUUAAAGAUAUGGAACAAAUCAAAUUAUACCUUGCGUGUUCCAUUAAAAAUAAAGAUCGUCAAUGAUCUUAACAACCUUUAAUUGACAUCUUAAGUUUAAUAUUGCAUGGUUUCCAAGAUUUUCUUCGAAAAUUUUUGCGGGAAAGAUUUAGUCUUCUCAAACGCCUGUUCAAAACAAAAAUUUCGGACAUAGAUGCACUUCAUUCCUUUUACUGAUUCUCAGUGGAAAAGCACGAAAGUAAAUCAAAUCUCGCGUUAUCGAUACGAUCACCAUGCCGUAAAACCUAUCAUAUUUCUGUCAUUGUUUGAAAAAUAAUUGUUAACAUUUAUCUUUAAUGAUGUUUAAUAUCGUUAAAGGUAUCAUUCGGUAGAGCGAAUUCUUAAGGACAUUUACUUUUAGACUAAUAUCUUAAUAUAUUAAUAUCUAAUAUUAAUAUAUUAAUAUUUUAGAACAGUUAUCAAUAUCUAGAUAAGCCAACUAUUAAGAUGUAUUAUGUUUAUAAUAAACAAUCACGAAUUGUGCAUUCGGAAGAUACAGCGAGGCAGAUUUUGCGAAGUUAUAUGGAAUUAUUAAUUAUUAAGCUAAGAGAGUCUGUGCUUGGGUUAGCCUUUGCGUGUAUAAGACUUGCGUGUAUAAACUGUAUAUCGACAUUGGAUUGUCAAUUUACAAUUUUCGAAUGUACGAUUUAUUUAUUUAUUUAGAUAUUUAUUUAUUACAUACACGAUCAGUCAGAAACAUAAUUUAUCAUUACCAGAUACAUUAAGAUAUUUACAAUGCAAAUAAGUUUGUUUUAUCAUUGUUAAUUGUUUCUAUGUAUACUUACAUGUUACAUGGUCUUAUCAUGUCUAAUUAAAGUUUAAAAUUGUGAAAUAUAUUAAGAUUAAUCUAC